UGUAUCUCGAAGGAAACGCCAUCUCUGGACUUUCUGAGGACUUCUUUCAUCAAUUACCAAAUCUUCUCUGGCUGGAUUUGCGAAACAAUAAGCUCAGAAGCCUUCCUCAUUCGAUUGGAGACCAUAGGUGCCUUAAAACGCUGCUUCUUGAGGGGAACCCUAUCCGAAAGCUGCCAGUGGAACUUGGUAAUCUGACUUCAUUGAAGGCCCUCAACCUCAGAAAAUGUCCAAUAGAGUUUCCUCCUGAAGUUGUAAUGCAUCAAGGAUUAAUUGCGAUUCUGGCUUUCCUCAGACAGCCAUUAGAAAGAGGAGCUGAACAUACUGCUUUAUCUGCUCACAAUACAGAAAUGCCAUUAAUUGAAAAACUACAAUUGAAUGUCCAAACAGGAUCAAGUUUAAGUUUCUCUGAUGAGAAAGAGCAGCAAAGAUUCAAAACACUGAAGCAGAAAUUAUUGCAAGAAGAGAAAAAGGAAGAUUCUUCUCAGUCUAAGAAGGUCUGGGGCGCAGGGUUCCUAUCGAGCAUAUCUAAUAUUCCCAGAGAGAAGACUCCUAAUCUAAAUAUAUUAUUUCCCGAGUUGACAGCCUAUGACGUGACUAUUCAGACAAAGAGAAAACGUGAACUUAGAUUAGCUGCAAUGAAAGAACACAAAGAAAAACAGGCAUUUAUAGAACAGAGGAUGAAAGACCAGAAAGUAUUGAGGGAAUGGAGGGACCAAGCUAAGUUGAUGCAGGAGCAGAAAGAAAUAGAAAUAAAGCAAAGAUCUGUAACAGAAAGGAACAAGAUAGUGAAGAGUGCACCAUAUGCUACGGAUCCAAACUACUACCAAAGUGUGAGAAGUGGGGAUUUGAAAGGGCCACAUACCUGUGAACCUACACGAAGAUUGUACUCCAGAAAUGAAAUGGAAGAAGCAAAAGCAGCGAAAGAUCAAGAACUGAGGGAACGGAUUCAGCAACAUAUCAAACUGCUACGAGAAAGAAGAAAAAGACAAAAGGGAAGCCUUCAAGAAGAAUUGGCGACUGCAAAAGCAGAUUUAGAAAUUGCUACAGAACUGAAAUCUACACUUGCUAGAAGAAAAAUAAUUGGGAAUCUCUCAUAAAAUAACGUUAUUUUGAUUGUUGGAGGACCUUUAUCCAGAAAUUCAUCUACUAUCCAUUCCCAAAAUGCUAUUUUUAUCAAGAAAUGGUAAUAGACUAUCACAACACUGAAGAAUAUCUACAGUUGAUAAUGGAAGUGCAAUAAAUGGGAAUAUUGUAUUUAA